GAGAGAGAGCACAGCCCUAUCAGACCGAUUAUAGCGAGAAAAGAGGGAGGAAGACAGAUUAAGCAGACUGAACACAACUGUUGUUUUAAUCCUCUGAGCGGAUAGAUUUAGAUGAAAACACUACUGGUUUGGAGAAGAGCAGCCAUAUUGCAUGGACCGUUCGUGGAAUAACAGGUCUCAUUCGAGCAGGAUCUCAGAGUUUGGGAGAAAUCAUCCAGACUUCGUAACAGCGGGAUCCGCGGACCGACCAGCCUUAACUUUACCUUAAACUGCCGGAGUUUUUAGUUUCUAUUUAUUACUCGUUUAUUUUUUAGAGAGUUUACACGAACGGACUGAAAGAUGAAGGACCGAUUGGAACAACUGAAGGCGACAUGCGAUCAUGAUGAUGAAGAUGUUGACAUCUCUGUGGACAACGCUGCUUUUAUGGAUGAGUUCUUCUGCCAGAUUGAAGACAUUAGGAACAGCAUCGAUAAGAUCGAUGACAAUGUGGCUGAAGUCAAGAAGGUUUACUCAGUUAUUCUUUCUGCGCCAACGUCAGACCAGAAAACACAGGAUGACUUGGAGGCGCUAACAAACGAUAUCAAGAAAAUGGCGAACAACGCCCGUAACAAACUGAAGACCAUUGAAAGAAAUCUCGAGACUGAAGAGAUGGAGAGAGUAUCAGCCGACAUUAGAAUACGCAAAUCACAGCACGCUGUUCUUUCCAGGAAGUUUGUUGAUGUGAUGACCAAAUACAAUGAAGCUCAGGUGGACUUCAGAGAGAAGAGCAAAGGUCGCAUUCAGAGACAAUUGGAGAUCACUGGUAAAACUACAACUGACGAGGAGCUCGAGGAGAUGCUGGAGGGAGGGAACUCAGCGGUUUUCACAGCAGGGAUUGUGGAUUCGGGGAUCUCUAAGCAAGCACUGAGUGAGAUUGAAGCACGUCACAAAGACAUCGUACGUCUAGAGAGCAGUAUAAAAGAAUUGCACGACAUGUUUGUGGACAUCGCGAUGCUGGUGGAGAGUCAGGGUGGUAUGAUUGACAGGAUUGAGAGCAACAUGGACCAGUCAGUGGGUUUUGUGGAACGUGCCGUUGCCGACACUAAAAAAGCCGCUAAAUAUCAGCAAGAGGCCCGGCGUAAAAAAAUGAUGAUCAUGCUUUGCUGUGUGAUUCUGGGAAUUGUUGUCUUUUCUUACCUUUACAGCUUCUUUUCUUAAUGGUAAGAAAAUUACAUUAUAUUCUCUACAUACUAUACACAUGUGUGAGGGAGACUGGGGCUAUUUGUCACAAGAGACAUAUCAGUAACUUUAAGGUAUUGAGAUGACAUUCCAAUAACACAAAUGCUUUUCUCUAGCAGUGCUUUUGUACGUUGGCUUCAAACACCAUCAAUUCAUAAAUCACUUCUGUUGGUCGAAACGUUGAUAUUUUUGUAUAGUUGAGCUUCCAAAAGAUGGUAAAUGAGCCAUAUGCUUUUAUCCUUGGUAAUAAAGAUGAAAGCAUUCAAUAGUAUUUUGACGUCAAGGUAUUACUUUAAAAAAAAUGAUGUGGGAAAAUCACUGGCAUAAAAUAAAAAACUACUCCCCGUCUCCCGUAUGUAUAUUUUGAGUACAAUAUUAGGGUCAUCCUAUAAUUGUGAGUGCAUCUAUAUUAUCAUCAAGAUAAAGAAUCAAUGUCUACAUUUAAUACAAAAUUCUCACCAACGUGUAGAAAAAGCCAUAUCUUUUGUUAAAAUAAAGGGUUAUAUCGCAUAAAACCCUGACAUUCAGAUGUCCGAUUUGUUUUGCUUAUGCUAAAUUGCUUAUUCUACUCUGUAUUUAAGCAUGAAAAAAACUAUAAUUUCAUUUUAUAAUCUUGCCUUUAGUUAGAUUGGACAAUGAAGGGUUUGUUAUAUAAAACAUACAUUUAAUAAUUUUCUAAUUUAAAUGUACCCCUAAUUAUAAAAUGGCCCAUUAUAUCUUAUGCUUUAAAAUGCUUCAUCUUCAUUCUCAUCUCAAACAUUCAUUCAUCUACUGUUUCAGGCUGAAAUAACUCCAAGGCUCAACCAGCUUCUUUCCUUUCUUUUCUGAUGUAUGCCCAUGUUCACAGGAUAUUCAUUAUUUUUGUGUGUAGUGUGCUUCAAUCAGACAAACCUGAAAUACAGACAGUGGAUCUGAAGACGAGCGCCCCCUGCAGUACUUCAGCUGUGCUGUUCAUUUCUUUAAAUAAAGGAGAGAGGAGAGGGUCAUAUUAUUUUUAAUUUCUUUUGGUUCGUUGUUUCUUAGUUGUAUUUCCCAUACAUCACCCAUAUUUCUUAUCAUGGAAUAAGAAAAUAAAGCCACUAUUGUUGUUUGUAAGUUUUAGUGUCACUGUUACAUGUGAGCAGUAUUUUGUGUACAUUUAAUGUCUUUUUGAUUGCUUCAAUAAGGGAUGGUUGUCUUUCGUGCGUUAUGUUAUCUAUUAAA